AUGGUCCUGCGAGGCGUGCGUCUGCGAUCUGUGGCGGUGAGUUGCUACGGUUCAUCGCUGACAGCAGCCACACGGUGUCUUUCCGUGCGCACGGAAGAUUUUUUUAGUAAGGAGGCCAUCAGUCACGCAAGGCGCGUAAGUUGGGCUCCUCACACGACAGAGAAAAAACAGGGUGCCUUCGCAAAACUCGCGCGGUCAAACUUUGGCGAUCCCCUUCCCAGUAGCUUUGCGCAGGAGCCGUACUUUGAGGAAGAAAUUGAAGCCCAUCGUAAGCACCACCGACCAGACGUUUACAUUUAUAAGUAUAACGUUUCUCCUACUCACUUCUCGCUUCGGGAGUGA